AAAAAAAAGAUUUGCUUCUCCAGAGAACAUGAGGGGUGGUACGCAUGGCAAAUACAGAAACCCUUGCCUGACAAUGCAUCAACCUUGGGCUUCGCUUCUCGUUCACGGCAUCAAGCGCAUCGAAGGAAGAUCAUGGCCUGCUCCCAUCAGAGGCCGACUUUGGAUUCAUGCUGCUAGUAAGGUUCCUGAACCAGCUACCAUUAAGGCAAUGGAGGACUUCUACAGAGAAAUCUAUGCAGUGAAUGGUAUUACAGACCUCAAAUUUCCUGAGCAUUAUCCAGUUUCAAGACUUUUAGGUUGUGUUGAAGUAGUUGGGUGUGUCAAAUGUGAAGAGCUGGUGAGCUGGGAGCAACUUCCUGAAGGGGUGAGGUUGGAAGGGCAAACAGAUUUCUGUUGGCUGUGUGAACAGCCACAGAAAUUGGUAGUUCCAUUUGAGAUGCGAGGUUUUCAAGGAGUUUAUAACCUGGAAAAGAAGAUAUAUGAGGCAGCAGUUAGAGGCCUUCGUCCAGUUGAUGGUCCACUGCCUGUAAAGUUCCCACUUCCAGAUCCGCGGGAUCCUUUUUCAUUGAAGCCAGGAUCACUUACUGCAUCCUUUGUUGGUUCAAAAGCAACUGUGGAUAAAACACCAAGUCUCACUGCAGCCAUAGCUGGUGCACGAGCAGCAGCUACACAGUUUUCAAAGAAGGAGAAUAAGUACGAAGCUUCUAUGGUCCAGAAAGAAGAUGCAUCAGAAUGCACAAUAACAAGUCAGUCAGAGGAUAAGAUUAUAGAAGAGGGUAGAAGUGUAUCUGGAGAUGAAAUAUCUAAUGAGGAAUCAUCUGCAAACACUUACAAAAAACGGAUUAGAAACAUGGAUUAUAAAGGAAAUAGCAGCAACCAAAGUAAUGGUACUAUCAGAGAUUCGAACCAACAUUCCAUAGCUGCUUCUAAGAUUUUCUCGACAGCAAUUAGGGGCAUUAAGCCAGCAUAAGUAUGAAUGUGUGAUAACAAUCAAUGGGUUCAUAUAUUGUUAUCGAUUAUUGGGGAUGAAUUGCUUCAAGUCCAUUGUUUGAAUGGGACCUUGUUCCUUAGCAUUGCACAUGGAGAUCAGGUGAA